AUGCUGGCGAAGAUGGGAAGUGAGAUGGUGGAGCUGAAACAUCGAGUAUCCGAGCAAAGCGACACGAUCAGGAAGUUGGGCGCCACGGUUUACAAGCAAAGCACUAUCAUUCAGGGACAGGAAGAUCUGAUCCGAGGCUUGGAAGCCCAGGUCCAGGAAUCCAAGGAAGAGUUUCGACGUAAGAGCGAAGAGCACGACAAGGAAAUGAAACAGGAGCACCGGGAUCUUAAGAGAGAAUUGGUUGGAGUGAAAGAGCAGCUACAUCAGCUGAUGCAAAAGCUGGAUGUAUCGGGCGAGGCGGCUUUGCCAAGCGGCCCUCGAGCAACGUUUGCGGACGUCGCGCGCGCCCUGCCAAACAGCCCGCCCUCCACCAGUACACGCAGCAUACCUGGUCCAACCAAACAGCAGACAGCCAACGAUUCUGCCCAUUGUACCAUUGACACGUCUCGUGUAAGUGAGUCGAACAGGAACAAAGCGCAAAUCGGGCAGAUACGACAGGCCAUCGAGGUUGAGAUGAGAGCGAAGAACGGACAUGAGACCUGGAGAGACGAAGCCGAGCUUCAGCUGGUCAAAGAGGCGGCGCAGAAGACAGCCGUGGAGGGAGCGCGAGUCAUGAGAGACCAGCUGUAUCCGGUCCGGGUCGACAACGCCAACCGGACAGCAAUCCUCGACGCGGAGGGCAAUAUCCUGCCUGGAGCGAUAGAAGCCUUGAGUGCCGAAAACAGAGUGACCAUUGGCAAGAUUUCCUGGCUGAGCAAACGAGAGUCUGACCUGAAGGAUUUUGCCGUACUGGCCAUCUCUGAGCCGUAUGCGCGCAAUAUUGACGGAAAGGUGGUGACGAGUCCUAUGGGACAUCGUAACUGGACAAAGAUGAUUCCGACGUGUGUUCGUGACGCCUCAUGGCCGAUCCGCAGCAUGCUCUGGAUCCGAAGUGACCUUGAGGCAGAGCAAGUAUCCGUGCCGUCGGCUGAUCUUACAGUAGCGAUAGUUCGACUCGAGGGGAGGGAGGUGAUGGUAGUGUCAGUGUAUGUGGAAGGGAAGAACAACGAGGCGCUGGCGAGCGCGAUGGAGGUGUUGCGCGACGUGAUCGAUCGCUUCCGCAAUGGAACAGGAAACCGCACAGAUGUGGUUCUGGCGGGGGACUUCAAUCGCCACGAUCUCCUCUGGGGAGGAGAUGAGGUGUCAGCGAGAAGACAAGGGGAAGGUCAGCCCAUCGUUGACCUGAUGGACGACUUUGGUCUCUGCAGCCUUCUCCCGAGAGGGACGAAAACGUGGCAAGGGCCGGACAAGGAGAGCACCAUCGACCUGGUGCUGGCAUCGGCAGAACUGGCAGACGAGGUGAUAUCCUGCGUGAUUCACCCGACAGAGCAUGGAUCAGACCACAGAGCGAUCCAGACGACCUUUGACAUUCAAGUACCGGAGCGAACAUUUCCGCAGCGCCUGCUGCUCAGGAACGCGCCGUGGGUCGCCAUCGCAGCCAGGGUCGAGGACGAGCUUCGACCUCUUCCGUGGACUGUGGGGGUGCAGACGCAGGCGGAUCAGCUCAUGCGGGUGGUCACCAAGGUGCUGCAUGAUCUGACACCCCGGGCACAACCGCCGCCUUACGCGAAGCGAUGGUGGACGAAGGACCUUACACGACUGCGGCGGACAUACACGUACUGGCGCAAUCAAGCGAGGGCACAGCGACGAGUCGGUCAAUCACGGCCGGAUCUGGAGCAACGCGCCAAGGAGGCUGCUAAGGAGUACCACGACAACGUGCGGAGCCAAAAGAAGACUCACUGGGACGACUUCGUCACCGACGAGAGCAACAUCUGGAAGGCACUCAAGUACCUGAAGUCUGGUAUGGAGAUGGUCGAUGACAGGGUUCCCCCGUUGAGGAGAGCCGAUGGCUCGAUCACCGAAGGCAAGGGCGAGCAAGCCGAGGAGCUCCUGUGCACCUUCUUCCCACCUCUGCCAGCAAGGAUUGAGCCGGAAGAGAUUGAGGAAAAAGUGAUGGCGGCCAAGUCUUGGAAAGCGCCUGGUGAGGACGGCCUUCCUGCGAUCGUAUGGAAGAAGCUCUGGCACGUGGUCAAGCACCGGGAGCGCAUCUACAAAGCCUGGAGAAUGGGCAGAGUGCUCAGUCUCAUCAGCUUUGACGUCAAAGGCGCGUACAACGGAGUGUGCAAAGAGCGAUUGCUAGAAAGGAUGAAAGCUCGAGGCAUCCCAAGCCGACUGGUGAAGCGGAUCAGUGACAAUGGUGGCUCCAUUGCGUUUGUGGAUGACUACUCUGCCUGGGUGACGGGACCAACGGCCGAGUCUAACCGAGAAGGCAUGCAGUCCAUCGUUGACGAUGCGAUCAGCUGGGAAAAGCGAAGCGGCGCCACGUUCGAAGCGGACAAGACGAGUGUCAUCCACUUCACACGCAUCGCAGAGAGGGACACCGACGAGCCCCUGACCGUCAAAGGGAAGGAGAUCAAGCCGGAAAAGAGUGUCAAGCUCCUAGGAGUGGUCAUGGACAAAGCGCUUCGUUUCAAGGAACAUAUCGCCAGAGCGGCCGCCAAGGGGCUGGCCGCGGCCAUGUGUUUGAAACGACUGAAGAUGGCUUCACCACGAACGGCGAGGCAGCUCUUCGUCGCGACAGUGGCGCCAACCAUGGACUACGCCUCCAACCGAAUUGGAGCCCAGGCAGUUACAGGAGGGUUCCGCACAGUCGCAACGGCAGUGGCCGAGGCCGAGGCCGGACUGCAACCAUUCCGAGAACGGCACGCUCAAGCUGCAACGAGAUUCUGGAUAAGGAUGCGGACGCUCCCGAAGACGCAUCCUCUGACAUCGUUGAGGCUCAAGUUGAACAAGAGGUAUGCCUCGCCAAUGCAGAAGCUCGCCUCGGCGAUGGGAGGACUAGAUACCAAGCGCCUGGAAGUCAUCCACGAGUUCGCACUGGCGCCGUGGAUCGACCGACUGCACGUAGCGCAAGAGUGUGACCAAGUGGAGUUGGUGAAGCCUGACGAACUGGAUGGCAUCGUCAUCGCGACGUCCAGCUCACAGCGAAAGGGCCUGGUCGGAAUGGGAGGCGUUGUUCGAGACGCGUCUCACAACAGCCCGGGCGAAGCACUGGCCAGCUACUCCGCUACAGUUGGACCCAGCGACGAGCAGAACGCCUACACGGCAGGACUCGCAGCGAUUGCGAUGACAUUGCAGUGCUUACCGGCUGGUCUGCGUCGUGGAGGCAUGACAAUCGUGACAAGCAACCUGUCCGUCCUGCAAGUCAUUGCGCGGCCGCGACAGCAGUCAGGACAACCGUUGCCCUUCGAUGGGUACCCGCCCACGAAGACUUCACGAUGA